AUGCCAUCUUCUCGAGCUUCCUCACCUCUCUCAUCCGCACUAUCAUCUCCUCGACUUGCAGGAGCUCAAAUAGUAGGUCCAGAACAGAGCGGAUCUUUUAGUCGAUCAUCGUCUAUAGCCUCAGCACCUACCAGUCCGACAGAGGUGUUGACCGAUGAAGAGAUGUACGAUCAGGAUGAGAGUGAAUUGACAGAAGAUGAUGGUGGAGGGGAAGAUCACGAUGAAUCAAAAGCUCACCCUGGUGAUUCUGAAGAUUCUACUGAUGAUAUGGGUCAGUCGCCCACUACAGAAUUACCGAAUAACCAACAUCCUCUUCCACAUUCUCCAUCACUUACUCCUCCACCUCCUGCAUCUAAUCGGCUGGUCGCGGCUACUCUUCCCACCUCCCCGGCUCCCGGACAAAAUCUGGAUACUUCCAGUCUGACAGAAGUGGUAGAAGAUGGUCAGUCAGAAGAGGAACUUGUGGACGAGGAGGAAGAAGAUGGGGAUGGAGAUAUCACCAUGAGACCUCCAGACAACCAAGAAGAUGUCGAAGAAGAAGAAGAGGCUGCAAAGAUGGAAGCAGCUGAGCAGAAAGCUACUGCUUUGGGCGUGGCUAAGAUGCUGGUCGAUUUCGAAGCUGCUGUAGUUGUGAACCGUCCCGAAUUGGAUAUACCAGCGGUUGAAGUAGAGGCUGAGGUAACAUCGGAUGCUGGGGAAAAGACAGACGGGGAAGGAUUAGUCCAGGAUGGAGGAGAAGAUACAGGUGUAGAAGCUGAGAUAGAAGAGGAAGCUGUUACCGCCAAGACAAGAUCUACAGGUCACGCUCAUUCCUCUCAUGCACCACCACCAACACCAGCUAUGAUGAAGGAGCUCUUAAGGUUGGAAAUCAAACUAGCGGCUCUGAGAGAUAAGUUGUAUGUGGAACGGAUGGAGGAAACCGUAGCGGAAGAGGAGAUGAUCUUGAAAGGCACACACCCUGCUCUUUCACAAAUGCACGAUAUUCUAUCACACCGACGUCAGCGAUUACAUCAAGUCUCAGUGGUCAAACGGCGAGCUGUAUUGUCGGAAUUAGAGAAAAUGCGCGAGACAGACAGGAAUAUGACUUGGACAUGGUGGACUAUUGAACGUGACCAAUUACAUUGGAAUGAAUUUGAACAAACAUGGAGUAAACGACGUCGAUUACAGAGGGAGAAAAACGAAAUUGAUACUGUUCACCUGUCCAGACCUGUUCCUCGUCCUGGUGACCCAUCUCGAAGAAGUUUAGAUUGGGCAGCUGGACCAAUACCUUCUUCAUUAACCACCGAAGAAGCUUUGGCAGAUUUACAUCUCAUGGAAGCUCGACGGACAGCAGGUCCUUCACGCGUGACAUCUCCAGCCGUAUUCGCUCCCGCCUCUAAUCAUUCACAACAAUCAUAUUAUCAAACUCAAACCUACGAAGAAGAACCUAGAAGACAUCAUCAUCAUCAUGUUUUCGCUCCUCCUCGACAACCUCACGUAUCAGCAUCAACGAACAUAUCAACUACUACUUCACAUACCCUUCCUACCUCUACAGUACCGGCACAACCACGGACAGUACAGACUUACAUGGCCAGACAGGAAGAAUCAAAGAUGGGAAGUGGUAUACAGCCUCGUCGGGAGAACGGGGAUGGUGUGGGGGUAGGAAGUUUAGCAGCUGAGGUGUUUAAGAUUAAAGAAGAGUUGAAAGGUACUCCUUCUUUGGGUAGUGGACGACUUAAUGUCACAACUUCGACUUCAGGUGGUAUUUUUGAUAUCUCAAAUAUAUCGAGUGGUCCCGCUAUAGGCGGGAGUAUCGCGGCAGAAGGAACGUCAAGAAACACAGGAUCAGGAUCAGGAUCAGGGUCUGGAGGAACAGCAGUCAUCGGAACGGGGAUAGAAGGAUCAUCAGGAAUUAUGGGAUCUUCUUCAAUCGGUACGGUAGGAAGUAAAGGAUCAAUAGGAUUAACAGGAAGAACAUCUAUUGGAACUGCUUUAUGGCAACAUGAUAAAAAUGGUUCAUAUCCAACCACCAUCACCAGCAGCUCACAAUCGAUCAAAUCGGCUCGUACUUCAUUGCCAGUACCAGGUGAAAAAGGAAUUCAAGCUAUAGGGAAUUAUUCAUCAACUUCACCAACCCGUCCAAUUGUGUCAACGAUUUCAUCUGUAUCCGUUCCUGUCUCACCUGUUCCACCUAUUAUCAUCACUCCACUUCGCACCGAUACUUCACCACUUAACACCAACAACAGUACACCAUUACUUAAAACCAGUAUCAUUGAUACUUCAACACCCGAUGUCAACAUCAACACCAUUUCCACUGACAUCACUAAUACCGAAAUCAUACCUUCACCUAUCCCCAUUCCAGUGCCGUCGAGUAUUGCCCCAUCGUUACUUGACAAACCCUCGAACAUACCUAAUCCUCCAGUGGAAACCAUCCCCCCUGCUCCAAGUCACUUGACUGGAUUAGAUAAAGGGAUGAUAAAUCUCAUUCCCGAUGAAGCACCAAUACCGUCUGUCGGAAUAGGACAAACAGGUGGAAUGGCGCCCAAUUCCUUGACUGUGAAUGGUCCUCCUUCUUUACUCAAGUCAGAGAGAGAUGAUGCUGAGAUGGUGGGCGAGACAUUCGGGAGUGAAGGGAUGAGGAGUUGA